AUGAAUCAGCCUACUAGUGGUUCCUCGUCUGCCGGAACAAAAGUUGGUUCCCAACAAAUGACUGCUUCUGCCGCUGAAGUCUCUGCCCUGCCUGCCAGUUCCCUUGCCGCUGGAACAUCAUCGACUCCCACUGCCGCUGGAGUGCCUCCACCAAACGUAAGUACCAGUGUCGCCUAUUCAACCCAACCAUCUAAAGUUGCUCCUUCUAUUGCCGAGGUGCCUGCAAGUUCCAUCGUUGCCGGAACGACGUGUACCGUAGCCACCACAGUUGCCGCCAGUGUUCAACCUAACCAACAAAAUUUUUUGAGCUCUGCUGUUCAGCCGCCGUUGCCCCAGUCGAGCUACAACAACAAUUUAGAAGUUCUCCAAAGCCAGAUAAAUGUUCUCCAGGCCCAGUUGUUAAAUGCCCAGCGUGCUUUGUCCAUCGCCAUGAACAAUAAUUCGACGUCAAGCUCUUCAGCCGCCAUGCCACAGCCAUCCAAUAUGGCGCCGCCAGUAACGGGUACCAGUGAAGCCAACGUUGACAAUUCUGCCUCAGCCAACGUCGACUGCGCUGAACGUCGGACGCCAUUUUCUUCCGUAAGCUGUAAUGAAAAUAAUUUUUUGAUGCCGCCAAAUAUGCCGUUGUCUCAAAAUGGUGGCUCGAUGCUGGUGCAUAGAAAAAUUUAUGACUUGCCGGAAUUUAAUGGCGUCCCUGAAGAUUGGCCCAUGUUUUCAACAGCUUUUAACCAGUCUACUGCCGUUUAUAAUUAUAAUAAUUUUGAAAAUUGUUUGAGGCUCCAAAAGGCUUUGAAGGGCGAUGCACGGGAAUGUGUGAAGUCGUUGCUGAUCCAUCCAGAUAAUGUGAGUAUGGUUAUGGAACAAUUGUGUUUUCAAUAUGGUCGGCCCGAAAUGCUCAUCCGUUGUCAGCUGCAACAAGUUAAAGAAAUUUCGCCCAUUAGUGAAAGUGCUAUCGACAAACUUGUGCCUCUUGCUGUUAAAGUGCAGAAUCUAGCCGCCUUUUUGGAAACUGCCAAUGGACAACAGCAUUUAGCAAAUCCUACACUGAUGGAAGAGCUGGUCGGGAAAAUUCCUAUGAGUAAACGGAUGGAGUGGGCCCGCUACGCCUCAACUAUAAAGCCGUAUCCUACAGUUUUGGAUUUUAGUAGGUGGCUCAAAGGUGUCGCUGAUUUGGUAAGAAUGGUGCAAAGUUCUAGUGGAAAUCGUCAAAAUAAUGAACCAAAAAGAAAAGUUGUCCUCCAUGCCGCUGAUGGUCAACAUAAACAAGAAUGCUCUCUGUGCCAGGCAAAUCAUAAAAUAUUUGAGUGUAAAAAAUUUGGUUCAUUGAGUGUGCCUAAUCGUUGGAGUGAAGUUAAGAAAUUGAGGUUAUGUUUUUCGUGUCUCGGUAGUGGACAUUCAAGCCGAUUUUGUCGUUAUCGUAAGACGUGUCCCGUUGAUGGUUGCCUAAGAAAACAUAACAAAUUAUUGCAUGAUGUCAAAAUUAAUAAUACGGUUUCAUCUGAGACUCCUGGUCCAAGUGGUUCAUCGAAUGGAAAUGAGUCUGUGCUUAGUUGUGUGUCCAAAGCUACAGAUAAAAGUUUGUUGUUAUUUCGAGUGGUGCCAAUUGUGCUUUAUGGUCCUAGUAACAAAGUCGAAACAUAUGCGUUGUUGGAUGAAGGUUCUUCGGUUACUAUGGUGGACAGCUCCUUGGGGCAACAAAGCAGAUUAAAUCUACACUGGUAUGCUGGUAAGGCGUCACAAGAAAUGGCGACUGUGGUUCAUUUGCAAGUAAGUGGAAUUGGUAGGCAGAGGAAAUAUGCCUUAAGAAACGUUUAUGGAGUUUCAAAUUUAAAAUUGCCGGCCCAAAGUUUAAAUAUGGAUUUAAGUGCUCAUCCUGGUUUGCCCAUUAAAUUAUACGACGACGUAGUCCCUAAAGUGCUUAUUGGGUUGGAUCAUUGCCAUCUGGGGCUUCCCGAUGAAAUUGUGCCUCUGGAAGAGAAUGGUCCAUAUGCUGCCAACACUCCUUUAGGAUGGGUCGUAUUUGGUAAAAUGAGGGGUAAGUCGUCCAAUUCCCAUUUGUGUUUGUUGUCGGUUCAGCCUGAGCAAAGACUCUAUGACUUGGUGGCAAAUUAUUUCGAAACGGAGAAUUUUGGCGUGAAGAUAUUGCCAGUCAUAGAAUCGAAGGACGACUUACGGGCUCGGCAAAUUAUGAAAGAAACAACAAUAAAAAUUGAUGGACGAUUCCAAACUCGGCUCUUGUGGCGUACUGAUGAUGUUGUGCUUCCAGACAGUUACCAUAUGGCUCUUAAUAGGCUCGUUGGCAUUGAACGAAAAAUGAAAAGAUGCCCUGAUUUUGGUGUCGCCUAUAAAACCAUAAUGAAGGAUUAUUUGUCGAAGAAUUAUGUACGUAAACUGUCGCCCAUAGAAGCUGCUGAUGUAUGCCCCAGAACUUGGUAUCUUCCGCAUUUUGGAGUGGUCAACCCAAAUAAGCAAGGAAAAAUUCGGUUGGUGUUUGAUGCUGCCGCAUCAGUUGAAGGUGUUUCUCUCAAUUCAAACCUGCUUAAAGGCCCCCAGCAAUAUAAGCCGUUGCCAUCUGUUUUGUUCAAUUUUCGUGUUGGUGCUGUAGCAGUGUGCGGGGACAUAAAAGAAAUGUUUCACCAGGUACUUGUGGCUCCUGAAGAUAGAUGUUCCCAAAGGUUCCUUUGGCGUGAAGAUAAUAGAGAACCACCCGAUUGCUAUGAAAUGAUUGUUAUGACUUUUGGUGCUGCUUGUUCGCCUUGUGUGGCUCAUUAUGUUAAAGAAACAAAUGCUCUGUGUUAUCGUGAUCAAUAUCCUCGUGCAGUGAAGUCUAUAUUGGAUCAUCAUUAUGUGGAUGACUUUGUGGAUAGUUUUCCUAGCUCUGCAAGGGCCAUUGAAAUUUCGCAACAAGUACGCAACAUCCAUAAAGCAGCUGGGUUUGAACUACGUAACUUUUCAUCUAACUCUUCGGAGGUAAUUGUGGCUCUUAAAGGUACUGUGGAGAAACCGGUGAAUUUUUCCAGCGAUUUUAAUGAGCUAAAAACGGAAAAGGUACUUGGUAUGUAUUGGCAACCAAAAGAUGAUACUUUCAGGUUCAAUUUAAAGUUCCACAAUGUGAAUGCUAGUGUUAUGAAAGGUGUAAGGUCUCCAACUAAAAGAGAGCUGUUGAGUGUGGUUAUGUGCGUUUUCGACCCACUUGGGUUUUUGAGCCACUAUAUGAUAACCGCAAAGUUGUUGAUGCGAGAAGUUUGGAGACAUAGCAUUGGUUGGGAUGACGCACUGCCCGGUGAAAUUGUUGAUGUGUGGAAUAAUUGGCGCCAAGGUCUUCACAAUGUUGAAAAGGUCAAAGUACCUCGGUGUUAUUUUGGAAAUGGUGUUCCUUACCGCCUGGAACUACAUGUUUUGUCGACGCCAGUGAAGACGCAUUUGGAGCCGUGUCAUACUGGAGGUCAAUAA